UUUGACGCUUUACGCCAUCUUCGUGCCUGCGUUCGCGUUCCGCUGGGCGGGGAAAAAAAAUUCCUCCGGUCCUCCCUUUCCCAUCGCGUUCAGACUUGUACUCUCGAUCUACAUCUACCCUACGCCGUACGCUACAGCCGCCGAGCAAGAGACCCAGCAUGGAGGCGGCGGCGGCGGCGGCGGCGCCAUCUGUUUCCGUUGCCGGCGGUAGAGGGAGGGACGAGAAGACGCAGCCUAGGCCGGCGGCGGCGGCGGCGGCGGCGUGCGACGUGGAGGCGCUGCGGAGGUGCCUUGAGGAGAACAAGGGCGACCGCGUCAAGUGCCAGGCGCACAUCGACGCCUUCCGCUCCUCCUGCUCUGCCGGCCCUAGCACCAGCUCCAAGCUGCAGUCCUCCUCCUAGAGAAGUAGAGAGGAGAGGACGGUGUCAGAUCGCCGCAAGGAUCGGGGCUUCUUCGGGAUCGAAACAAUUUUUCUUUUUUCUCCCCAUAUACAAUGUCUUGUUAGUUGUGGCCUUUGGUAAUAUUUUCUUUGAAUAAAGUAGGAUGUAUGCUUCGGAUCAUCGAAGGGGAAUCGGAAUCCAUAUAGAGCAAAACAUGAUCUGCUUUCCUGCCAUUCAUGAUAAA